AUGGAAGAAACAUUAGAAACUCUUUUCAUAAAGCAACAGAACUUGAUUGAUGACUUAAUUAAUUUUAAAACUAAUUUUAGUAAGAGUCCUAAGGAGCGUCUAGCUAAGGCCAGUCAUCUUAAUGGCCGCCUAGAAAUAUUAGAAAGUUACAUGAUUUCUUUUCGUGAAAAUCAUAUUAAGCUUUCUCUUCUAUACAAAGAGAAAAAGAAAGAUAAACCGGACACUACAUAUUUUAUUGAAAAACAUAAUGAUGUAUUUCAAGACAUGUUUUUAGACCUUAAGUCCGACAUUGUUGAUAGAAUUAAGGCAAUUUCUUCUUCUGCUGAUAAAGAAAUUUCAUUCAAUCAUAACACUUCCUUUGGUGAUCGUAGUUUAAAUGAGGAACGUGGUGUACAUCUUCCAAUCAUUAGUCUUCCCGAGUUCAAUGGCGAUUAUAAGAACUGGAUGCAGUUUCGGGAUUUAUUUACGGGAAUGAUUCAUAAUAAACCGGGUCUAGAUAGUGCUAGAAAACUUUUUUAUCUUAAAAAAUGUGUCUCAGGUGAAGCUGAGAAAAUUAUACACUCUAUUCCAUGUUCAGCUGCAAAUUAUGAUUCUGCAUGGCAAAUGCUUUGCGAAAGGUUUGAUAAAAAACGUUUUAUUAUUGAAUCGUAUUUAAAAACAUUAUGUGAACAACCUAUUAUGCGAAGAGAGUCUUGUGAUAGCAUAAAGAAACUUCUUUAUACUACCAAGGAUUGUUUGACUUCAAUCCAAAAUUUAAAGGUUAAAACCGAAUCAUGGGAUGUUUUAAUUAUUUUUAUUCUUUCUCAAAAACUUGAUAAUGUAACCCGCAAGAAUUGGGAGCGUUUUUUGACUACUAAAAGCUCGCAAAAUAGAACUUCUAAGUCGAAUCAGUCUGGAAUAGAUUCUGAAGAUUAUGAUCUUCCAAAACUUUCAGAAUUUUAUGAGUUUUUAGAAGAUUCUUUUCGAUCAUUAGAGGCAAUUGACUCUAAACCAGCUUCAAUUUUUGGUGAAACAAGGGAUAAAUUUCCAAACAAUAAACGAGCAAAUUAUGUAAAAACGUUUCAUGCUUCCAAUAAUACGAGUUCGUGUCCAAGUUGUAAUGAACCCCAUCUUCUUUAUCAGUGUACAAACUUUAAAUCACUUACUCAUGAAAGACAUUCUGCUAUAAAAUGUCGAAGCAAGUUGACAUGCCGAAAAUGUAAUAAAAGGCACAACACAGUUAUGCAUAUUGAGAAUUCAAAUCAUUCAUCAAAUGACACUGCUGCGCAUCCAAUUGCUGGUUCUUCAAAUCAAAUUUCUCAUGUAUCAACCUAUUUGGGUUCAAAUUCUACUUCGCAAAUACUUCUUGCAACAGCAAAAGUAAAAAUAUCCACUGCUACUGGUGACUUUAUUUUUAGAGCCCUCAUAGAUCAAGGGUCUCAAGUAUCGUUCGUUACAGAAUAUUGUGUUCAAACAUUGGGACUCAAGAAAAAUCCUAUUCAUUGUGUUAUAGACGGUAUUGGCUCAAUGACUUCCGAUGCGUGUAAAAAUUUUGUUGAGCUCAAGCUUAAUUCGUGCAUCAAUUCCAAAUUUACACUACUUGUAAAGGCUUUAGUUAUGACUUCAAUAAGUAAUUAUUUUCCUGUUGCAAAACUUAAUUCUUCAUUUUAUUUCGACAUUGGAAACCUAACUCUGGCAGAUCCUCAGUUUGCAGAGCCUGGACGCAUAGAUAUACUUCUUGGUGCAGAUGUGUUACAUGAAAUCAUCCUUGACGGUAUUAUCAAGACUACUUAUGGCCCAUUGGCACAACAAACUCAAUUAGGUUGGAUCCUUUCAGGACCAAUUAAAAACUCGAAUCCUCAGAACAGAGAUGUUCAAAAUAUUUUGACUUUUCACACUCAGGUGAAUAUAGACAACACUCUUCGAAAAUUCUGGGAACUUGAAGAAGUAUCUUCAGAACGUGUGCAAACCACUGAAGAAAAAGCUUGUGAAAAAUAUUUCCAAGAAACACAUUAUCAAUACAUUGAUCUUAACCACAUGGAACUCUCAUGUAAUCUUAAUGACCUUUCUGAGUCUGGCAACCUUUUUAUUCUUCCGCAUCACGGUGUUUGGAAAGAGAGCAGUUCUACCACCAAAUUGCGUAUAGUAUUUGAUGGCUCAUCAAAGCCCCCAUUUUCUAAGGCACUUAAUGAAGAAUUACUACCAGGUCCUAUUUUACAAAACGACUUAUCUUCUGUCAUAUUACGAUGGCGUGCUUUCUUCGUUGUUUUUACUUCGGAUAUAGAGAAAAUGUUUCGACAAAUCCUGAUACAUCCUGAAGAAACUAGGUUUCAACAAAUUAUUUGGAGGGAUGACCCUGCUAAGCCUCUGCAGUUGUACAAACUUUUAACCGUUACCUAUGGUACAACGUGUGCACCAUUUUUAUCCAUACGAGUGCUACAGCAACUAGCUGAUGAUGAAGCUAGUAAAUAUCCAACUGGAUCUGAGAUUCUUAAACGAGAUAUAUAUGUGGAUGAUAUUAUUUCUGGAGCUGAUGACAUAAACAAAGCUAAAAAGAUUCAAUUAGAGCUCCAAAAGAUUCUCACAUCUGGUGGAUUUAAAUUAAGAAAGUGGUCUUCAAACUCACCAGAACUUUUAUAUGAUCUACCAUCUGAAGAUUGUGAAAUAUCAUUUAAUUUUGACGGAAAUUCCGAUUCUUCGAUUAAGGCUCUUGGUCUAUUCUGGAAUCCUCAUUGUGAUAACUUUUUCUUUAAAAUAACACUCCCAAUACGAAGUUCGCAUACAAAACGCACUCUAUUGUCUGAUGCUGCUAAGCUGUUUGAUCCUCUUGGGUGGUUGGCCCCAACGAUCAUUCUUGCAAAAAUCUAUUUUCAAAGAUUGUGGUGCGCUGGCAUAGAAUGGGAUGACCCUCUUCCCCUUCCACUAAAGGAUGAUUGGGAAAACUAUCGUAAAUCUCUACAAGCCUUAGAAAAAAUUAAAAUUCCAAGAUGGUUGGGAACUUUUACCAGCUCUUUUGGUGAAGUGCAUGGCUUUUCUGAUGCCUCAAACUCGGCCUAUUCAGCAGUACUUUACUAUCGCUGCAUAAAGGAUGAUAACAUUUCUAUCAAUCUAAUAACGGCUAAAACUAAGGUUGCCCCAAUCAAGCAAGUAUCGUUACCACGACUUGAAUUAUGUGCUGCUGUAUUAUUAGCAAAACUUUUCAAAAAAUUCAUGACUGCAAUUGAAAGUCAAUCACUAAACAUAAAGCCAUAUUUUUGGACUGAUUCAAAAGUUGUCCUUGCAUGGAUUCAUGCAUUACCAAUACGUUGGAAAACAUUUGUUGCCAACAGAGUAACUGAAGUACAAGAAAUGACUAAUAUCUCAGACUGGUACCAUGUACGCUCAGAAGAUAACCCAGCUGAUUGUGCUUCACGAGGGGUUCAACCUUAUGACUUACAAAAUCAUGCUUUGUGGUGGCAUGGUCCUAAGUGGCUUAGUCUUCCUUUCUCUAAAUGGCCAAACCAACGAGUUUCAGACUGUCAAACUGAACUAGAGAAAAAAGCUGAUGCUAAUUCUUUGUCUGCAAAUGUUACUCCUACUUUUGAUCUACUUCUGAAAUAUUCUUCAUUAAACAAACUUCUUCGUGUAACAAGUUAUAUAAAACGUCUCUUCAAUUUCAAAAUGAGGUAUACUUUUGAGGAAUAUCUCAAUCCCAAUGAAAUUCAAAAUUCCUUUUCUUGCCUCAUACGCUUAUCCCAAUCUCAGUACUUUGCAAACGAGAUAAAAGAUUUAAAAUCAGACAAACAAAUCUCAAAUAAGAGUAAAAUUAGUAAUCUUUAUCCUUUCAUCGACGAUGAGGGAAUUUUGCGAGUCGGUGGAAGACUUCGCUUUGCUGAAAUUGACCAGUAUUCAAAGCACCCGAUUAUCUUAUCAAAUCGUUGCAAUCUAGCAAAACUUAUUGUAUCGGAUGCGCACAUUAAAACUAUUCAUGGUGGGCCUCAAUUAAUGAUGUCAUAUAUAAGGAAUAAAUUCUGGAUUCUUAAUCUGAGAAAUCUUACAAAAUUAAAGUUUCAUGACUGCACUUUAUGUCAUCGUUUUAAUCAUAAGCGUUCAACACAACUUAUGGGAUCACUCCCUAAAGUACGAGUUAACGAAACCAGACCCUUCCGACACACUGGAGUGGACUACGCUGGUCCAUUCGACAUCCGUAUUUCAAAAGGAAGAUCACCAAAAACGUAUAAAGGUUUCAUUUGUGUGUUUGUUUGCUUGGUUACAAAAGCGAUUCACAUUGAGCUUGUGUCAGACAUGUCUUCAGAAGGAUUUUUAGCUGCCUUUAGACGAUUUACUGGACGUAGAGGGAGCUGCAGUAAAAUAUAUAGCGACAAUGGGACGAACUUUGUCGGUGCUAACAAAACUCUUCGUCAGCUGAAUAAAGAAUUCAACGAACUAUUUCCAAAACAUGUAAGAGAGACCAUUGCAUCUGAAGGAACGUUGUGGCACUUCAUUCCACCUGCCUCACCCCAUUUUGGAGGGCUACCUCUUUGCCCAAUGAACGAUGACCCAUCCGAUACCAGAGCUCUUACCCCAUCUCAUUUUCUCAUCGGAGAACCAUCUUUCAUAGUACCUGAACCUUCACUACUGGAUGUGAAAACAAACCAUCUUCAACGUUGGCAGCAGAUUCAACAAAUGUUCCAAAAUUUCUGGGAUCGAUGGAGAACGGAAUAUUUGACCAGGCUUCAAAACAGACCCAAUAAGCUUUCGAAACUUAAACGGAAUUUUCGCGUUAACGAUAUUGUGCUAAUUACUGAUGAACGUUUUCCUCCAGCAAAAUGGCCAUUAGCAAGGGUUAUACAAGUCCAUCCAGGACAAGACGACAUUUGCAGAGUAGUUACGCUUUUAUGGAAUGGGAAACAAUAUAAACGCCCCAUAACAAAACUAUGUCUGCUUCCUACAAACGAACCGAUGGAUACAUCAUUAUCAUCUUAA